AGUGUCCCUUUCUCAUUUAAUCAGGGGAAAAUAUUAUUCAAUGUAUAACAUUACAGCUGUUGAAUUGAAUGGCAUGAUAUCAAAAACUCUUAUACCAAACAUUGUUGUACUUGCGAUUUAUGUCGUUCUUGGCACAUGCGGAAAUGUGUUGGUUUUGUCGGUUUAUUCAUUUCAAAUGAAAGGACAAUCAGAUGAAAGAUAUUUCAUAUCGAUUUUAGCUGCAUUUGACUUGAUAGCAACGAUCUACUGUGGGAUUUACAUGAUAAUUCAAUGUCUUAACCAAGUUACAUUUACACACAAUAUUUUGUGUAAAACCACACAAUUUUUUGUUGGAUUAACAACAUUUAUUCCAAUUUUGUUAUUACUCAUAAUUGCAGUUCAGAGAUAUCUUAAAGUGUGUCUGCCCCUGAAACCAGCAAUGUCGCUCCAUGUUAAGAGAACUGCGUUGAUACUAACAAUUGUUAUUUCAUUUUUAUGUGCCUUGCCGUUAGCGUUCGUUUACGGUUCUGUUCCAUUUCACAGCGACACUUAUGGAAUUACGGGAACACGUUGUGGCAAAGAAAAAGAAGGUCACCGAUUAGCAAGGGCCGUAUAUGCCAUUGUGAUAGGAUUUCUUGCUGUUGCUAUAGUAACAACCCUUAUUGUCUUAUACUCAUUAAUUGGAUUUACAAUCUUUCGUCAAUUAAAGAUGAACAAACGUAAAAGUAGUAGAGUAGAAUUCAGAAAUUCGAUGACAAAAACUUAUGAAGAUGGAACUUCUGAAACCGAAAAUAGUGGUGUUACGCAGAAUAAUAUCACUUCCGAUCUAGAUUCCAAAAUAUCAAAUUCAAGUAAAGAACAGCGAUUGGAAAACAAUCACCAAACAACUCUAUCUGAACUUGUUGGAUCCAAAAGAAGACAAAAAAAUAACCGUCGAAUAACUCACAAACUGACAAUUAUGUUUUUUGUUAUAACUUUGGUUUUUUUAUUUAGUUAUUUGCCGAAAGUGAUGUUGCUUCUUGUUGAAGGCUUAAACAUAGAUUUUUGGGAAAAAGUGUCAAACACAGAAAGACCUGGAUUUAUGUUUAUAUAUGAUAUGUUUAUUAUUAAUAAUAUCGUGAACCCUUUCAUAUACGCUUUCAUGGAUAUCAAGUUUCGUGAAGAAGCGACAGUUUUCUUAAAUCGUGUUUUUCAAUGCAAAUUUUGAUUGUAAAUAACAAACAACAUAAUAUAACCUGAACACAUUAUUACAAAGCAUGACAUGACUGUAUUAUAACCAAUAAAGAUAAAGGCCACACCAAUGCA